GAGAGUUCACCUGCAUGCCUGCCCUGGACCUUGGGGCGGAGCUUGGGGCAGGCACACCUGCCCUGGGGGCGGGGGCUACCAGACCCCUGCCCCGAUCUGCCUGGGAGGAGCUAAUAGUGCUGCUGCUGCUGCCGCUGCUGCUGCUGAAGGGAGGCUCCUGGGGAGCAAGCCCCCUUCGCCCCCUGUGCAGACCAACUAAUGCCACCCUGGCUGCAGAGAGCGAUGCCUGCCCAGUGUGCGUCACCUUCACCACUACCAUCUGUGCUGGCUACUGCCCCAGCAUGGUGCGAGUGAUUCCAGCUGCGCUGCCUCCUGGCCCUCAGCUGGUCUGCACGUAUAGGGAGCUGAGCUUCUCCUCCAUCCGGCUGCCCGGAUGUCCUCCUGGUGUGGACCCUGUCUUCUCCUUCCCUGUGGCCCUCAGCUGCACCUGUGGAUCCUGCCGCCUGAGCCAUUCGGACUGCGGGGGUCCACGGGCCCGACCCCACCUCUGCACCCGGCCUCAACUCAGCCUGCAGCUCCUCUAGGGCCCAGACCUGGGGCCCCAGCCUCUCCCUUCACCUCUAGGGUGGCACCUUCCACUCCCCUUUUCCAUCCCCUCCUCCCCACCAAUCCCCAAUAAAGAUUUCUCAUCUCA